CACCACUUAUAAAAUCCUCCCGGGCCUUUUUUCUUCCCCAUUGCUCUUCUUCCAUCGGGCCCUUCGUCUCGCGGUCGAUCCUCUCCGGAGCCUCCAGAUCUCGCUUCUCUCCGCCAUAGUCUCCCAUUCUCGUCGGUCAAAAUGAGAGAAAUCCUUCACGUCCAGGGCGGCCAGUGCGGAAACCAGAUCGGUUCCAAGUUCUGGGAAGUGGUGUGCGAUGAGCACGGGAUCGAUCCCACGGGGAGGUACACAGGGAACUCCGAUCUCCAACUUGAGCGCGUCAAUGUCUACUACAACGAGGCCUCCUGCGGGAGGUUCGUCCCCAGGGCGGUGCUCAUGGAUCUGGAGCCCGGCACCAUGGAUAGCGUCCGCACGGGCCCAUACGGCCAGAUUUUCCGCCCGGAUAACUUCGUCUUCGGCCAGUCCGGUGCUGGAAAUAACUGGGCCAAGGGGCACUACACUGAGGGUGCCGAGCUCAUUGACUCGGUUCUUGAUGUGGUGAGAAAGGAGGCUGAGAACUGCGACUGCCUCCAAGGGUUUCAAGUUUGUCACUCACUUGGAGGAGGAACUGGAUCUGGAAUGGGAACACUUCUGAUAUCAAAGAUCAGGGAGGAGUACCCUGAUCGGAUGAUGCUCACAUUCUCUGUUUUCCCAUCUCCGAAGGUUUCUGACACAGUGGUUGAACCCUAUAAUGCUACCCUUUCUGUCCACCAGUUGGUGGAGAAUGCAGAUGAAUGCAUGGUCCUAGACAAUGAGGCUCUCUAUGAUAUCUGCUUCCGCACUCUGAAGCUGACCACUCCUAGCUUUGGAGACUUGAACCACCUCAUCUCUGCGACCAUGAGUGGGGUCACAUGCUGCCUUCGGUUCCCUGGGCAAUUGAACUCUGACCUCCGGAAGCUGGCUGUGAACCUGAUUCCCUUCCCCCGCCUCCACUUCUUUAUGGUUGGCUUUGCCCCCUUGACCUCUCGUGGGUCACAGCAAUACCGGGCCCUGACAGUCCCUGAGCUGACCCAGCAGAUGUGGGAUGCCAAGAACAUGAUGUGCGCUGCUGAUCCUCGGCACGGCCGCUACCUCACUGCAUCUGCCAUGUUCCGUGGAAAAAUGAGCACCAAAGAAGUUGAUGAGCAGAUGAUCAAUGUCCAGAACAAGAAUUCUUCCUACUUUGUGGAGUGGAUCCCCAAUAACGUCAAGUCCAGUGUUUGCGACAUUCCACCAAGGGGUCUCUCUAUGGCCUCCACCUUCAUCGGUAACUCAACCUCAAUCCAAGAGAUGUUCAGGAGGGUGAGCGAGCAGUUCACAGCCAUGUUCAGGAGGAAGGCCUUCUUGCACUGGUAUACAGGGGAGGGUAUGGAUGAGAUGGAAUUCACCGAGGCUGAGAGCAACAUGAACGACCUUGUGUCGGAGUAUCAGCAGUAUCAAGAUGCUACUGCUGAUGAGGAAGGUGACUAUGAGGACGAGGAAGAAGAGGAGGUGCCCCAGGACAUGUGAGGGCAAGAUGAACCGAAGUGAUGCUAUGCUGGUUUGUUGUGAUUGUGGCAGUAUUAUGUUGCAAGGUAGCAGGUAUAGCUUGUGCUAGCUCCCCGCACAUUCUCAUGCUCCAGGAUAUGUAAGGUCCUCCUUUUACGUGAUCAUCCUCCGUUCUGAGUUGUUAUUUGUGCUUCUUCGUGAGCCAACCUACCCUACUAAGUUGUUUCUAGCAGGUUGCAUGUUGAUUGAUAUGUUAUGAGAUUAUUGCCAUCUGCAUGCUAUUAUUCUGUGGUUCAGCAAGGUCUCUCCUUAACUUCAUUCUUGUGAAAAUCAGUGAUCAACAGCAUGCUUUUCCUUCUUAUGUCUCCGGCAGUGCUGCUUUUGUCGGUCUCGGUUGCGGCAUUGUCAAUUGUCGUGCUUGGACUUAUAGUUGAAAUAAUAAAUUUUAUUAGGUA